AUGGUCAUGCAAUUCACUCAUAUACAUGUUGUAGCCAAACUGAAUUCAAUCAUUAUGUCGUAUUCAGGUCUAUUAGAUGUCCCAAGAGUAGACAGUGGAACACAACUGGAUCCUGUUGCACUAGGAAAUAAUGGUUCGAUCAUAGUUUCUGUUGUAUUAGCAGACCAUUGUAUAGCUUCUUCGGCUAAUACUACUGAAGUUAACGAUUUGGCUGCUGUUUCUGAUGCAGUAGUAUCCGAAACUGCGCUAUCUGCUUCUGUUGGUGCGUCCACUAUUUCUAUAUUUGGUAAUCAAGAAAGAUUAUUUUAUGAUAAAAUUGAUUAA